AUUAAAGAGAAAUUCCGGUCUGACCAGAAGAGAAAUUCCGGUUUUCAACUUUAGUAACCUUUCCGGUUUCGGUUGAAACACCACAACCUUAACCAGAAGCUUUGGAUCUAACGUAAAGGUGAAAUGUCUAAAACCCUAGAAUCCUACCGUUCGGCGUUCGCCGGUUCGAAUUUUCCAGACAAGGUUUGAACUUAAACUCCGAACUCGUUCUUCUACAGCAAACUCGGACCAAUUGGAAAACAAAAAUGGCGGCGAAUGGGCUAAUGGCGGCAUCCAAUGUGUUUCUUCACCGUCCUGAAAAUCUCAAUUUCUCGUUUACUUCUAGAACGAAUCAAAUGGCUCCACUCGGCGUCAAAGGCCGUGUUGGUUUCAUGGGCAAUGUGAAACUCUGUUCGACGGUGGUUUUGUCAAUGGCAAAGUCGGAGACUUUAGAGGAAGCCGGCAAGUCCGUAGCGCCUGGUAACGGCAUAUCCAUCAUGGUGAAUGGAUGCAGUGGCAAAAUGGGGAAAGCUGUCAUCAAAGCGGCAGAUUCUGCUGGAGUGAAUAUUGUUCCUACAUCAUUUGGUUCUGCUGAAGAGGCUGGUCAAAGAGUUGAGGUCUGUGGAAAGGAGAUUCUUGUCCAUGGUCCUACUGAAAGAGAAAAGGUUCUAUCUUCGGUGUUUGAGAAGUAUCCUGAACUAAUUGUUGUGGACUACACAAUUCCCUCUGCAGUAAAUGAUAAUGCAGAGCUGUAUGGCAAAGUAGGAGUUCCCUUUGUCAUGGGAACAACUGGAGGAGACAGGACAAGAUUGUAUAAAACUGUAGAGGAAUCGAAGAUUUAUGCUGUGAUCUCCCCACAGAUGGGUAAACAGGUUGUUGCGUUUCUUGCAGCCAUGGAGAUCAUGUCUGAGCAGUUUCCUGGUGCAUUUGCUGGUUAUUCCUUAGAGGUGAUGGAGUCUCAUCAAGCUAGCAAAUUGGAUGCAUCUGGAACUGCAAAAGCUGUAAUUUCUUGCUUUCAGAAAUUGGGGGUGUCUUACGACAUGGACCAGAUACAAUUAAUUCGAGAUCCUAAGCAGCAGAUUGAGGUGGUGGGUGUUCCGGAGGAGCAUGUCUCGGGUCAUGCUUUCCAUCUUUAUCACUUGACAUCACCAGAUAAAACUGUGUCCUUUGAGUUCCAGCAUAAUGUUUGCGGAAGAUCAAUAUAUGCUGAGGGCACUGUCGAUGCAGUGCUUUUCCUUGCCAAAAAGAUCCGGUCGAAAGCAGAGAAGCGGAUCUAUAACAUGAUUGAUGUCUUGAGAGAGGGAAACAUGCGUUGAACAAAGCUGAGACGAUUUCCAAUUAGAAGUUUCAGAGGCAUUGACCAGGUGUUGAAGGUAGAAGAGUGUUACAAGACAAUAUACCAAAGCAAAAGUCAGCUCUGAAUUUUGUUGUUUAGCUUUCUGAAACUACCAUAGUAUUCAACUAGUUAUUGUUGGUUUUACUUGGCAUUGACAGAACCAAAACAUGCGCUUGCAUUGUUAAACACUAUAUAAAAAAUGUGUGCCAAGUUAAUGUGUUGGGGUUCUUCAUUUCUUUGUAAGGUUUCGUCUUUUAUGGCU